GCGUGACCACAGUCACCCGGGGAGAGGCGAGUUGAACAUAGGCUUACGCUUCCGUGACGUAGAUCGCUGUAUUGAAUUGAACAAAAUAUUUGUAAACUGCGGAAUCGCUUGCUGCUGACCACCAGCCAGCCAGCAAAUGAAUGAAAAAUAGCGAACAAUGAACGUCUUAGUCACGUGCUUGUUUUUCGCCGGUCUGUCCUACCUGUACAGCACCGACCUAAUAUCCGUGCUCCGUGUUUAUGUUGCAGAGUGGGUCCUCGGCGCCUCCAUGCCCGAACCAGGAGCUCCGCGGCGGACUCCGCAAGGUGUCCCCUACGCCGACUUGCAGCACAUCGUCAACGCCGACGGACAGCACUUGUUCUGCCGCUACUGGGAGCCGGAGGGCCCCCCAAGGGCUCUGGUGUUCGUGGCCCAUGGGGCAGGGGAACAUUGUGGGCCGUAUGAUGAGAUCGCCCAGACCCUGAAAGAACAGUCUCUGCUUGUCUUUGCACACGACCAUGUUGGCCAUGGCCAGAGUGAAGGAGACAGGAUGAAUAUUAAGGACUUCCAGGUGUUUGUCAGAGACUCCCUCCAGCACAUUGACCUGAUGAAGGGACGACACCCUGACCUGCCAAUCUUCAUCAUUGGACAUUCUAUGGGUGGAGCCAUUUCCAUUCUGACGGCGUGUGAACGACCAAAUGACUUUGCCGGUGUGGCUCUGAUUGCUCCUAUGGUCAAGAUGAACCCAGAAUCUGCCACACCCUUCAAGGUGUUCCUGGCUAAAGUCCUAAAUCACAUGGUGCCUAGUCUCUCUCUGGGCUCUAUUGAGUCUAAAUGGGUUUCACGGGACCAAAAACAGGUUGAGGCGUAUGACAAUGACGAGUUGAACUAUCACGGUGGGAUGCGUGUGUCAUUUGGCAUGCAGCUGAUGGGCGCGGCGGCGCGGAUCGAGAGAGAGGUCCCUGCCAUCACCUGGCCCUUCCUGCUUCUCCAUGGUGACGACGACAAGCUGUGUGACAUUAGAGGGUCCCAGAUGAUGUUUGACAUGGCCCAGAGCACGGACAAGAAGAUUAAGGUGUAUGACGGAGCAUACCACGCCCUGCACCAUGAACUCCCAGAGACAGCGGCAUCGGUGCUGAAGGAAGUCACUGGCUGGAUCUCUGAACGUCUCACUGUGUCUCCUUCUCAGGGCUCCUAGUCCCCUCCUCUACACCCCCCAACCCACUGUAUGACCUAAACACAUUUGUACUGACAGCACAUACUCUACUGCUAGCCGACCAGUAGCGAUCAUUUUCAGUACAAAUGUAGUUAACUGCACCUUAAACCAACCCCAGCCCUGUGCUAGUCAGUCAGACUUAAAAGCUCUUGGUCCUCUGGGGGGGAAGAGGGGGGUGACAGGUCAGGAGGCCCACAGGAGGUUCCCUUAAGGUCAACUUGUCAUUGACCUUUGACCCCCAUGGCCAAUGUAGGUCUUGAUUUUCUAGGCUCUUCAUUAGGGACAACAGUUGUGCCCCUGCUGCCAGGCAGCAGUUCAUAGUACAUAUAUCAGCCAUGUCUCCCUGUACUGAGUUCAAAGAGAACAAUGCUGAGAGCUAGGCCAGGCGCAAUUCACAGAGGUCUUUUUUUCCUCCUUUGUAACCACAGUGUUCAAUAGGCCAACAGAAACAUGCUGAAUUCACCCAGGCUGAGGUGUUCCCUUUUGUGUGUUGCCAUGGAGACAACUGGCCUUUGUUAUCCCCACCGUAUCUCAGAUCCUUUGUUUAUAGAGUCAAACAUUUUGGACUUGUUUGAACACCCAACUCCCCAGAUUGCUGCCACCAGUGGUCAUCUAUCAGAACGGCAGGGUAUAGGUGGCUGCAACCCAAGAUGGAGAAGUUGCCCGUUACUAUGGCAACACCUCAGGAAAAACCCUAUGAAAAAAAGGCUGAAUCCAUUAGAGCGCCACAGUAAGGUGAGGCAUGCUGUGAAUCAUUAUACAGUACAUGCUGUGUACAGACAAAGGCGUCACUUCGCUGCAGUUCCUAUAUUGAAAAGAUGACGGCCUCAAUUCAUCACCUACAACCUCACCAUUUAUCUGUGUUUCUCCAUAGUCUGCAUUGCUUAGGACUAAUACAGAUUUUAAUGUAUAAUGUGAAAUAUCCAUGUUACCGAUAUUCCUCUUUUAAAUGGUGGAAGUUGUUUUGUAAGGGGAAGACUGGUGAAUCUAAUUGUCUGAUGCGUUAAGCAUUUAAUAAAGUGAAAUUCAAUUGGCUAGACAUUUGUCAAUAGACCAUUGUUAGUAACUCAACUAAGGGGCCAGGGUUUCGGUCUAGAAGCACGGUUUUGACUGCUCCUACAGUUUUGCUUUGGUACUGCAGUUUAACUGAUACCCAGCCCAGAAAGACAAUUUCCUUAGUUGGCCAUAUAGAAUACCACAGUAUGAGUCAUAAUACCCAUAAAACUUGGCGUCAAACAAGGAACUGGUUCCAAUCAUUUUUUCCACCAUAAAUAUAUUCACCUGUAUUUACCUCCCAAAAAUCAAAUGCUAAUUAGCUGCUGAUGUGGCAAUCAUUAACUACUACAAAUGCCAUGAUGAUCUGGACGAGACAGCUGAAUCGAGGCAAAGGUAAGAAUCUGGAUUAACUAUCUACGGUGUCAGCUAGAGAUGACGUGCAGGAGCUUGCAGGGAUUUGUAGUUUUUCAUGUCUAUUUUGAUGCCAAUUAGCAUUUUCGAAUCAGAGUAAAUAGAGGUGAACAUAUUGAUAAAAGUCACCUUGCCAGAGAGAGAUUUACAUGGUUAUCAAAACAUCACACCAGGGUAAGUCUACACGAAACACAGCCCUUAUUUAAAGUGUUUCUAAAAUCACCUAUGGGAAAAAUGAAUGAUGGAGAAAUUAUUGGAACCAUUUUCCUGUUUGACCACUAGGUUUUAUGGGUAUUAUGACACCUCUACUGUGGGGCUCUAUAGAGAAGUCAGAUUAGAAAAUUCCUAAUAAAAGACACUUUAGUCAUCUUUAUGCACAACACAUCUAUUCAAUUAUUCAAAUUGUUGCUGAGGCCGUUUUCUUUCUUCAUCACUCACAGCCGAAGAAAUUCAGAUGUUAUAUUCAUCCAAUGUCUGCCAUGUGAAGUUGUGCUGUGUAAACCGGAUAUAGCCGUUCCAUGAAUCGGCGUAUGCGAAUGUGAGUAGAUUACGUUGAACACAACAGUCGGACAUCUUGGACAAAGUAAAUCAGCAUUGUGUGUGUGAACUGAAUGACCAGUUUUUAAAUAACACACAUUUAAGAACAAUAUGGUAGCAUAUAUUUGAAAAGGGCAGAAUUUGUCCAAUUGUAAAUGUGUUACUCCUGAAACCAGACAUGUUCUUAUCAAUAAAUAUUGAUAUCAACUGUCAGAUUGCUCAUAACAAAUGUAAUAUACAGUAGAUAGUAUUGAAUAAUAUGUGAAGGACAUAAGUAUUAUUCUGUUUGCAUCUACAUAAAUACUUUUAUUGA